AUGGGGUUCCUGGCCGCCUUCUGGAACCUGCUCGCCUUGAUUUCCGCCGCAUGUAGCAACGCGGAGAAGCUGCCGGCUGCUCUCAUCUCCUGCGGCGUCGUCGAAGCAGCCGCGGCGCUCUGCCUCGUCAUAUCCAAGGCGCCCGGAGGUAUAUUUCUCCACCACGGCAAAGCGCCCUUCUUCUUGUACUACGGCAUCCUCGUCGCCGUGGUGAUCUUCGGGCUCCUCGAGGCGUCGGCCGGCUUCUGGGUGUCAGGCGAUGUGGUCGGACGACGUGCCACCGGGAAGACGAUGCUCUGGUUGGGCCUCCUGCCCGUCGUCUUGGUGGCGGCACUUGUAGGCUUUGUCCUUCUGAGCAUGAAAUAG